AUGUAUGACCCUACCGUCGGGCGCCGGUGCCUGACUGAGCCACUGGUCAGUGACACAGUAACAUUGGCUGGGGAGAGAUCCAAUGUUACUGUGUCACUGACCAGUGGCUCAGUCAGGCACCGGCGCCCGACGGUAGGGUCAUACAUGUUGCGACAGGUUGCUCGGGAAAGAUCUUCAUCACGAGGCCCACUUAGACGCCCCUUGAUAAAACUCAAUCUACAGUUAAACUCUGAUAUUGAUGAUACCUGCGUUUGUAGUCAUCACGGUCAGGGAUUCCAGAGAGGAAAAAAAGAGUUGGCAAGCAGGAGAUUACCUCAUCAGACGACGAGUAUCCUUUUAAAGGCUCAGGACCUUAAUCCAAUAAAACUCGAGAAGAAGAAGAAGAAGAAGAAGAAGAAGAAGAAGAAGAAGAAGAAGAAGAAGAAGCAGAAAAUGGGGGAAAAAGUCGAGAUGGGGAAACGUCUCUUCUCGAAGUCUGACUUCAAUUCUUUGUGUUGCAUCUGA